AGAUGAACUUAGAAAAUGGGAUUAUUUAUUUAUCUGAGUGCCUUCCUGGUCAGCUUUCUGCUUUCCUGCCCUUUCUUUGGAGUUAAUGCUGACACCUGUGCCAGAGAGUGGCUACAGUACCAGGGCAACUGCUAUGGAUAUUUUGAGGCCAAGAAGACAUGGGAAGAAGCUGAGAUUGAGUGCCAGAGUUACCAUCGUGGAACCCAUUUGGCAUCCAUUCUCACUCUUGCAGAGACUCUCGUAGUGGCUAAUCACAUCAUGUCCUACCAGACUCAACCCAGCAAUGUAUGGAUUGGAUUGCAUGACAUUAGACAUAAUGGAAAAUGGAGAUGGUCUGAUGAAUCCACCUACAACUACAAGGCGUGGAUGUUGGGAAAACCCAACUUGAGAACAAAAGAAUAUUGUGUUGAGUUGGUCCGUCCCAUACAUGGAGCCAAUGUUUCAAAAGAGUCCUCUCAUCAAUAUGAAGAAGCACCCAUCAGAGAUCGUAAAGAUUUCACUAAAUGGAACAACACCGCAUGUCACAAACUGAAUGCUUACAUCUGCAAGCAUGAAUUGUAGGGAAGAGACACUGAUUUCAAAAGAUGAGAGGUUUGCAUGCAGAAGAACAGAACAGGCCCUCAUUUUUGAAGAGACAUUCUUUUAGACACGAUUCAUACCGAUCAUGCUCAAUAUAACUCAUAAUAUCUGGUAUAAAGAAUUUCUGGUCUUGUGUUUGCAUAAGAAAUUUUAACAGAAAACUCUGGGAAGGCAGUUUUAUGUUCUGUGCUGACA